CGCGUUAUUGAUUCGAAUGCGCAAAACGCCGAGCGGCAUUCUGAGAAAUGCGGACGUCGCUGGUCGCGUGAGAAAAGCGCUUCUGCCCGUCGUACGUUCUCGCCGCGGGGCCGUACGAGUCCGACGCGGGCGUUUGAGGUCUGGAGGAAAAGCUGCACUGCCAGGUGAGGCCCGGAAGACAUGGUUGGGCCCAAUGUCUCCUUGUGACUAACCGUCCCGGAGGGUGGAACGAUCGCCACGCAAGGCGCAUCCUUCAGAACGCCUUCCGAACACGAGCGUACAAAUACAGAACUCGCGACGCUGUGCAAGGUAUAUCCUGUGAGCCCUGUGGCAGGGCCCGGCGCGGCGCGAUCCGUAUGGGAACUAAGUCCAGAUCCCGACAUGGUCGGGCAUCUACCGAACAAUCCGAUAUCCGGCCAUCAGAAUCACAGUUCCAGCAAGGACACGCAGCAGAGGAGUCGUCCUGACGAUAACAUCUACGCGGACGAGGCCACCACUGGCCAGAGCCCCACCGAUGAGACCAAACAGAUCUUCGAGUUGCUCAGAGCUGGUGAAAUCGAGGCGGUCGAGGAGCUGGUCGAGAGGAACGGGCUGAGUGUGCUUAGUGCAAGGGACGAAUGGGGAUACACACCUGCCCAUUGGGCUGCCUUGGACGGCAACGUUGAAGUCAUGAGAUAUUUAAUAGAGCGAAGCGGACCCGUCGAUCUACCGUGCCUCGGCACACAGGGACCCAGGCCGAUACAUUGGGCAUGUCGGAAAGGCCAUAGUGCGAUAGUGCAAUUAUUAUUGAAGGCGGGAGUCGCGGUCAACACGGCCGAUUUUAAGGGCCUGACGCCUCUGAUGACUGCCUGCAUGUUCGGCAAAUUUGCGACAGCCGCCUUCUUGCUAGGGUCCGGCGCGCAGGGACACUUGACGGACAUCAACGGCGACACCGCGUUGCAUUGGGCUGCGUACAAAGGACACGCCGAGCUGAUCAAGCUGUUGAUGUACAGCGGAGUGGACCUGCAGAAGCCCGAUUACUUCGGCUCGACGCCGCUCCAUCUGGCCUGCCUGUCCGGCAACGUCAGCUGCGUACGGAUCCUCUGCGAGAAGAGCAAGAUCGAGCUUGAACCGCGCGACAAAAACGGCAAGACGCCGUUGCAGCUGGCCAAGAGUCACCGCCACUCGGAGAUCGUGCGCAUCCUGCAGGCGGAGCAGAAGCGUCGUGCCAGAUGGAUACCGCCCGUUAACGAGCUAUGGGCGUUGCUGUUUGGUGGGGCGGGCAACAGCAAAGGGCCGUUGCUGUUGUUUAUGAUAUCUGUCCUGCUGUGGGGAUACCCGAUGUACCUGUUGAAGUGCAUUCCGCUAACGUGGAACCUCUUGCGAGGCAGUCAUUAUUGCUUCAUUUACUGGAACGUCCUCAUGUGGAUUUCGUGGAUCGUCGCUAACAGAAGAGAUCCCGGUUACGUGCCGCAAAACAGCGAUACUUAUUAUAGGGCGAUAAAACAGAUUCCGUACUUCGAUAAGUGGAAGAAGCGGAACGUCUUGCUGUCGCGAUUGUGUCACAGCUGCAGGUGUUUCAGGCCCCUCCGGGCUAAACACUGUAGAAUUUGCAACAGAUGCGUUACGUAUUUCGAUCAUCACUGUCCAUUUAUAUACAACUGCGUCGGCCUACGGAACAGAAUGUGGUUCUUCCUGUUCGUUAUGUGCGUGGCGAUAAAUUGCUCUUUCACGUUAUAUUUCGCUUGUUAUUGCAUUGCAAUCGAGGGCAUUCAACUCUUGUACGUUCUCGGUGUGUUGGAGGCUCUUGUCUUUUGCGGACUCGGCUGGAUUCUAACGUGUACCUCGGUCCUACAUGCGUGUAUGAAUCUGACCACCAACGAGAUGUUCAAUUAUAAGAGAUACUCGUAUUUGAGAGACAAGAAGGGCAAAUACUUGAAUCCCUUCAGUCGAGGACCCAUGCUUAAUUUUAUCGAAUUUUUCCUCUGUCCGCCGGAUCAUCAAACGAACGAUCUUCAGCAUUAUCAUAUUCUUUCGGAGGACGUCAUAUAAGACUCGGGGACGUAUGAACCUCCGAAUAAUCUCUUCACGCACUCUCUCUCGCACGGAGAAGCGUCAAGCGCGAUCACUACGUGUACAAUGAUACAUUAUUUUUUCAAGUUACGUGUACAUUUGCACAUAAAGAAGAUUAUCACCUCUUAUGAAAGAUACAUUAUAUUUCAAUUUAUAUCGCGCGACAUUUUGCUGCCAGGGCACAAACUUGCAAAGAUGUAGUUGAGAGUUUUAUAAGUUGUAAUGUUUCAAUAAAUCUUGAAAAAUCUUGAAAAA